AUGAAAGAAAUAAAUAUUAAUAUAGAAGGAUACAAUGUGAAUGGUAUAUGUGUGGCUUGUUUAAAUUACAACCGUUGCAUGUUUUACUUGGACGAAGUAAAAGAUUGUUUUAAAAUAUUAGCGAAUAUCGAUGUACCAGAUGGACUGACAAUACAAGUGUGCUGGGAGUGUUUAGCGUAUGUUAAAAAUACAUUAAAGUUUAGAAAACAAAUCCUAAAAUGCUAUGACAUACUUAUUGCUUAUUCGGAAAAGCAUACAUUUCUGAACUCUCCAAACGAUCUAGCGUCUCAUGCCAUCCAGCGUCUCACUUCAGACGUUCAAGUCGAUGACAUAGCACCGAAGGAUGAACCUAGCGUCGACGUGGAGAUUGUCAAAAAUGAACCGCUUGUUGAGGAUGAUAGGAAAUUUAUAGAAUUGGACUUACAAACAGACACGCAAACGGACAUAAAGUUAGAAACAGAGGACUACAAUGACGACAUCUACUGCACCUACGACGAACCACCCAAAGACCAGGCAGACUUCUAUGAAGACCUGUCAGUCAAAGACCAGACGGAGUCAGACGAUGAUAUUACAUUAGCGAAAUUAAAAAAUGAGAAAGGGAGUAAGAAAAAGAAGAAAAAGGACAGAGAGAAGAAGGAAAAAGAGAAGAAGAGAGAUAGUGAUAAGACAUCAGAAGCUAAAGAAAGAAAAAGCAGACGCCUAAAGAAUCUUCCAGAGAAGCUAGUAGAACUGUACACCAUGUCGGAAAAGGAGAUGUGGGAGGUCAGGGCGAAGGACGUCCAAAACGAGACCUUCCAGAAGGUCAAGUAUAAAUGCGAGAUGUGCAUUUACGUGUUCAACACUAAGAAGUUGAUGGAGUUACACGUGAAUGGAAAACAUCAUUCUAAAAGUGACGACGAUCACCAGUGCGACGUUUGUAAGGCAUACUUCUUGACUAAAGAAAAUAUAAGGAUGCACAGGAAACUACAUGAGGCUGCUUACAAAUGUCGUGAAUGCAAUCUGGUGACGACGCUGAAAAAGAUAAUGCUAGAACACGAAUGCGCUAAGAAACUGGCGGAGCCCGGUUAUCCUUGUCCGGAUUGCCCGGAUAAAGUGUUCAGUACAAAAUCGAAGCUGUCAUAUCAUCGCUCCGUGACGCAUCAAGAGAAACCGCAGUGCGACUGCUGUGGGAAGGUGUUCGCUAAUAAAAUAACAUUAAAAUAUCAUCUGAAAAUCCUACCACAGAACAAAGAAGAAAAACCAAAGGAGAAGUUGUUCAUUCCGUGUAAGGGAUGUGGUAAAAUAUUUCAUUCGAAGAAGAGUUACCGGGCACAUGUGGUGAUCCACGACGGCCUGACCUACCCGUGCCCGAUAUGCGGCAAGAUGUUCCAGUGGAAACGUAACCUGGCGCGGCAUACCCGCAACCACAGGGAAAGGGAAGCGGGGGCCCUUCAUAGGUGUAGGGAGUGUGGGAAGAGCUUCGCAAGUCGCGACUGCUACAAUAAUCAUAUGAGACUGAGUAAGAGACACGCGCACGAGGGCAGCUACACACACACUUGCCACUUCUGUGGUAAGAAGUUCGCGACACGUUGGUGCAUGAUGGACCACAUCGACUGGGAUCACUUGAGGAGGAUAAAGUAUCAGUGCAGCGUCUGUUUUAAGGCGUUCAAAACAGCUAAAAUAAUGGUCGCUCACAUGAACAAUAUACACGAAGGGAAGAACAAGAAGGAACCGGAUGGACAGCAUCUCUGUGAUAUUUGCGGGAAAUCUUACAAGACUGUAAAACGCCUAAAAGGCCACGUAUGGGCGAUGCACACGAACAGAUCGGUCACGAAAAGCUUUAAAUGCUCGCUAUGCCCGGCGACGUUCUCCUGGCAGACCAGUAUAUACAAGCAUAUGAAAAUGAUGCACUACAACAAGAGAGCCAAGCAACCAAGAGCACCAGUGAAGAAACCGGAAGUUUACCCCGGGAUCGAAGUUGCUAACCGCAUGCCGUACUACCCGCCAAUCGCGACCAACCUACAGACUGCACCGCUUAUAAAUUUACCUCAAAACGUAUAAAUAAACAAUUUUGAUAUA